AGAAUGGUCGUUUGUCUUCUUCUUCGUCAUCCUCCUCUUCGUGGGCGACAAACCAAAAUCGGAGGAAGCUUGUCCGAGAUGGUUCGACGACGGCAAAGCCCUAGGUCACCUUAAUUUGUGAUUUAUUCGUCAAUUAAAUUGAGGUAGGGAUCAGGGGUUGGACGAGCAAUCUGGAGAACACUGAGGCGUGACACUGGUGCCACAAUUCACCCAUCAUCCUAUACUAGUCUGAUCUUUUUGCGCGCAAGCAAAUAAGUGUACUGUGUUUGUUUGUUUGUUCCAUGGAUGCAACAACGGAAAGUUGUGUAGGAAACGGAAGCAGUAAAUUGGGAAGGGAAGAGAUUCAAGACGCCAUUGCCAAAGCGGCGGAGCUGAGGGCCCUCCAUGCCGCUCUGGUGCAGAGCGGUGGCAGCCCAGCAAGUCUCAGAUUCUCUACCGCUUCAUCACCUCAUCCUCUCCCUCACUUCUCCGCACAGGAUUACCCGGUUUUCACUCCUAGUUAUGAUGAGGAGGGGCCAUUGCCAGGCUACAAACAUAUACAGCUAGAAAACAAUGUAAACUACGCUGAAACUUGCGACGAAUAUAGCGUUGGAGGAGGAAAAGGAACUGGAAGUGGAAACAAUUUGGUCCGUGGGCCCCCAAUUUUGUCGGAGUUACAAAACUUUAGAACAAAUAUGUUGGGCGCUAUUAAAAUUCUCAUCGAUACUCCGCCUUCUGCACCAAAUCUGGUCUCUACAGUAGUUGAGAAACACACUGAAGCACAUGGUCAAGCAUCUAAGGAGGAAUCAAACGUUGACUCACAAGUUGGAGAUGAAGUGGACAUCGGGCCUGAAACAAUAAACAGAGAUGACGGGAGGUCCAACGUUGUGGAAACAAAUGAAGGUCCUCUUGCAGCAAAUGUUGCUCAUGUCGACAAGCCUGAUUCUACUUUUCAUGAAUUUUAUACCUCAGUUGGAUGGGUCAUUUCAAAGUAUGAUGUUCCAAAAAGUGUUGACAAAGUGGUAGAUGCAAAUGAAUCACCCAACAGUUUUGCUGAAAAGAGUGUAGUCCACGGAGCCGCCGAAUUAAGGAAGAUUGGAAAGAAUCCUUGUAACGUUGUUGUGCCACCAUCAGACUCUUCUGCUCAACCACAGCAACCAAAGAACAAAGGGUUGAUUUUCUCUUGGCUGAGGAAGAAAAUCAUGAACGAAUUUUCACCGCUAAGGACGACGUCGGAAUCAGAGGAUAUAGGGUUGGCAUCCAUAGAAGCAUUGAAGAAGGAGGUGAUGGCAGCGAAUGAGGACAGAGACGCAGCACUGAUGGAAGUUGCAGAAAUGAAAGCUUCUAUCGGGGAAAUCAGGGGAAAAUUGGAGUACUUGGAGAAAUACUGUGGAGAGCUUAAGCAGGCGUUGAGGCUAGCAAUUCAACCAUCAAAGGAGGACUCACCAGUGAAGCAAAUUAAUAAGAGUCUUCCAAGAAUUGUGGAAGGAGGAAACUCAAUGCCAGUGAGCGAGGAAGUAAUGUUGGAGGGCUUCUUGCAAGUCGUCUCUGAGGCUAGACAAUUGGUUAAGCAGUUCUGCGAAACUCUUAUUUCCCACACAACAACUGUCGAGACUAAUAACGACAAUGAUUCCUUAACGGAUAACUUGAACCUUCUACUCCAACCGUACAGAAUGACCCUCCAUUCAAAGUAUUCAAAGGUUGUUCUAUACCAUUUGGAAGGCAUCAUAAACCAGACCUUGUACGAGGAUUAUGAGAAUUGCUCGUUUUAGAAGAACGGAGCCCCAAAGCAUUUGAGUCCAGAACAAGAACGACACUCGCAAUUCUCAUCGUUUGCGGCAUUAAGGAGCCUUAGUUGGAAUGAAGUGCUAAAAAGGGG